AUAAGAAAACAAAAAUUUGUCUAUUUAGUAUGUAAAAGUCUAAAAACAUGUUAAAAAAUAAAUAAAUUUUAUAAUUCAUAGUUCACAAGAAUAUUUUAUUAUAAAAAAUAAGUAGAACUCAAAAACUAAUAAACUGAAUUAGUUCUUGAUUGAAUGACUGUUAAUAUUAGAAAUAUCAAUAAUUUUUUAAAUAAUAGAAGAAUAUUAAUAAUUAUAUUAAAGAUGAGGAAGUUUUUUAUAAUUUACUCAAAUAUCUGCACUGUAUGCUGCGACAUGGCUUGCGAUGGGGUGAAAGCAUAGCCACACAGUAUGUACUCAAGUUCAAGGCUCUCGCUUUCCUGCAAGUCACUUAAUUGCACUUUCUCGCUUUCCUGCGAGUCACAACAUGAGCACAAGCAGGAGGUGUGUACCUUAAAGACAAAGCGUCCUUCUCAGUUAUUGCUUUGCCUGCGAGUCUCUUUCUGUUCUCUCCACCUGCAAACCAAGCUACUGUGCGUGCCCUACUAUAAAUGCAACCAAUGCUAAACCUUCCUUCAGGUCCUUUCUAUCGCCUGCCCCCUUUUCUUCGAGUUUCUUCAUAUCGGAGUGAGGUUACACACUGUUGAUCCUUUCUACUUGUAACUUGUGAAUACCUAACCUGUCUGUAAUUGGACUCCAGCUCUUCAUUGAAAGGCAUGGAUUUUCUCUUAAUUUGUCAGUUUAAUCUGCUGUCCAAGUCUACAAUUCAACUUCUUUUCAUUUAAAUCUGUGGGUGGGUCUAUGCAGGUUCUUGGACGCUGAAACCUUGGAGAUAUUCUUACCAAUAAAGCUUUACACUCGGUUAAUUCAGCAACAAAUGGCUGGCAGUGGCAGUGGCACUGGCACCGGCACUGAUCACAAUGAUUCCCUUACCAUUUUGAUGUACCCAUUGUUUGCGAUGGGCCAUCUCACUCCCUACCUUCUCACGGCCAACAAACUUGCUCAGAGGGGCCACAAAGUCUUCAUAGUUGUCCCACCCAAGUCCCAAUCCAAAUUACGCCCACUAAACCUUCACCCCGACCUCAUCCAGUUCAAGCCUAUUUCCAUCCCACGAGUUGAAGGCCUGCCGCCGGACGUCGAAACCACCGCUGAUAUCACCAUUAUGGAGCACGAUCUCCUGCUGCACGCCCUUGAUCUCACGCAGCCAGCGAUCGAAUCUAUGCUCUCUGAUUUGCAGCCCCAUUUUGUUUUCUUCGAUUUUAUGCAUUGGCUGCCGGGCUUGGCUCGUAGUCUCAAAAUCAAGUCUGUUUACUAUAGCCCUGCAAGCCCCGCCGCUGUGGGUUUCUUGUUUGCUGAAGGGCCGUUUGUCGAGGAUCUGAUGAACGGUCCUCCGGGUUUUCCGACGCGAAUCAGGCUGUAUAAACACGCCGCCCUCCAGCUUAUGUGGUUUAACGCUGCAAAGGGAAGGGGGAGCGGCAUAACGCUGAGACAGCGCUUUAUGGCUGGAAUGUGGGAGAGUGAUGCAAUUGGAUUCGCGACUUGUGAAGAAACUGAGGGAAUUUACUGCCAAUUUCUUGAAAACAAGUUUGACAAACCAAUCCUACUCGCUGGCCCAACGGUGCAGAAAAUACAAAUCUCGAGUCUGGAAGAGAAGUGGGCUACUUGGCUGGGCAAAUUUAAACCCAAGAGCGUGGUUUUUUGCGCGUUUGGCAGCGAAGCUGUACUAGAAAAGGAUCAAUUCGAACAACUUUUACUGGGUUUGGAGCUAACGGGUCUUCCUUUUUUGGCGGCUUUAAAGCCACCUUCCGGAGUUGACUCAGUAGAAGAAGCUUUACCUAAUGGGUUCAAAGAGAGAAGUGGAGAAAGAGGGGUUGUGUACGGAGGGUGGGUGCCGCAACCACUGAUCUUGAAUCAUCCUUGUGUUGGAUGCUUCGUCACUCAUUGCGGGUACGGAUCGAGUUGGGAGGGACUGAUGAGCGAGUGCCAAUUGGUGCUGCUGUCGCAACAAGGUGAUCAGUACGUGGACGCGAAAUUGCUGAGUGGAGAUCUGGGAGUUGGAGUGGAGAUUGAGAAAGGAGAUGAAGAUGGGCGGUUCACGAGGGAAGCGGUGAGUGGGGCUAUAAUGGGGGCGAUGGGGGAUCAAAGUGAAGUAGGGAAGCGGGUGAGAGCUAAACAUGAUGAAUGGAGGGAGUUGUUGUUCGGAGAAGGGUUUCAAGAUUCUUACUUGGAUAACUUCGUUGGCAGAUUGUCGGCCCUUUUGUAGUAAAUGCUUGUUUUGUAAUUUGGGGAUUGGGAUUAUGAAAUCAAAGUGAUUUUCUUGUAUGGAAUA